AUUUUUUAAUAAUAAUUUGAUGAAAUUCUUUGACGUACUGACACCGGUUAAACUGGAAAACGGGCCGUCUAUCCUUCGCCAACCUCAAACUACCGUGUUCGCGACGACACCAGCACCGCUCACGGCAGCUACCUCCAUUCCUUCCGCCAUCCCAUCUGGGCGGCAACACGGCGAUACCCACUUCGCCGCCCUCCCAUUUACCCAAGGUAAUCUCACUGCCUCUUCUUCCCGUCUACAAAUCUAGCCAGCCUUCUGCGCUGUGUUAUCUGCAUUCACAAUACAGGCGUAGAUCAGGGUACGUUUCGUGACCCUAACUCCAAUCCUGAUCUCCUAUCUGGGAUCUUCCCUUUAUAUGGCACCCCCACGGCUGUCAUGUAUGCUGCUUCUUCUGGAAUUUCUCAUAUGUUACGUUCCAAUUUAUUGUUCUGAUGAUCCCGGGCAUGGUUGCCCCAAGUCAUGGGACAGCUCUCUUCUGAACCACACGUAUCAGUUCUCCAUGUUGCAGCACCAACUGCGAGGUGUAAUGACUGUAGAGGACGGCUGCUCCUUUAGGGUUAGUCAAUUCGAUAUGCUGGAGGGUUCUGAUGUGCGGUGGUGGGGCUCCGUCGGAGAAGAAUUCGAGAAUCUCACCAAGGGUUUUGUGAUUUCCGAUCAGAUUUUGAACAAAACCUACGAAAACGCGAGUUUUGUUGUUAGCUUAAAGAAGAACAUGACUUGGGGUCGUAUUAAAGUUGUUUCCGUUUGGGAUCUUCCUACAUCCUCGGAUUUCGGGCAUGUUAUAUUGGGAAAUUCCACAAACUCGACUGACUAUUUGUCCGCAGUUCAAACAAAAGGGCAGCCCACUAUGUUGCAGAAUUGCAGAGUCUUGUCAGAGAACUAUAGGGUUAGAUGGACUUUAAAUGAAGAUGAAGACACUAUUGACAUUGGACUAGAGGCUGCAAUUCCAUUUGUUAAUUAUAUGGCAUUUGGGUGGGCAAACCCCAAUGCUUCAUCUAAGUUUAUGUUUGGCAGUGACGUGACUGUUACAGGAUUCAGGGAAGAUGGUAUGCCAUUUUCUGAUGAUUUUUUUAUUUCAAAGUACAGUGAAUGUAUGAUUAGCAAUGAUGGAACUGCUGAGGGUGUUUGUCCAGACACUGUCUAUGAACAAUCCGAUAGAGAAUCCGUAAACAAUACAAGAUUGGUUUAUGGGCACAGAAAAGAUGGUGUGUCUUUUAUUAGGUAUAAGAGGACCCUGAAAUCUGUUGAUAAGAAGUACGAUUUUCCAUUGAGUCUAAAUGGGAAAAUGGUAGUUAUUUGGGCAUUAGGGCUGUUAAAGCCUCCAGAUAGUCUCCGCCCUUUCUAUCUUCCUCAAAACCAUGGGUCCACAUAUGGGCACUUGACCCUUAACAUAUCAGAACAGGUAAAUGAUUGUGUGGGACCCCUUGAUGCAGAUGAUAAGCAAGAUCAGGAUCUUGUCAAUGCUGAUAGAAAGGAACCACUUAUUGUCACGGCGGGGCCGGCUGUAUAUUACCCAAACCCACCAAAUCCUUCACGGGUUAUUUACAUCAACAAGAAAGAGUCUCCUGUUCUUCGGGUUGAGAGGGGCGUUCCGAUAGUUUUCUCAUUACAAGCCGGGCAUGAUGUUGCAUUUUACAUCACCUCUGACCCAAUCGGUGGGAAUGCAACAUUGAGGAAUGCUUCCGAGACGAUAUAUUUUGGCGGUCCCGAAGCAGAAGGAGUUCAAGCAAGCCCUACAGAAAUGACGUGGGCCCCUGACCGGAACACACCAGACUUGGUUUACUAUCAGUCUGUUUAUACUCAGAAAAUGGGUUGGAAAGUUGAGGUGGUCGAUGGAGGCUUGCCAGAUAUGUACAACAGUAGUGUUCUUUUGGAUGACCAACAGGUCACCUUAUUCUGGACAUUGUCAGAUAAUUCAAUAUCUAUGGCGGCUCGUGCCGAGAAAAAAAGUGGUUAUCUAGCAAUCGCGUUUGGUAGUGGAAUGGUGAGCAGCUAUGCUUAUGUGGGUUGGAUUGAUGAUGACGGGAAAGGAAGGGUGAGCACUUAUUGGAUAGACGGACGAGAUGCUUCUAAUAUCCAUCCGACUCAUGAGAAUUUGACAAAUGUCAGAUGCAAGUCUGAAAAUGGAAUCAUAACUAUGGAGUUCACACGUCCGCUUCUCCCAUCAUGUAGUCAUCAAGAUCAUAUGCCGGAAUGUAAAAAUAUUAUCGAGCCGACAACCCCACUCAAAGUCAUAUGGGCUAUGGGGGCCCAAUGGUCAGACAGCCAUUUGAGUGUCAGAAACAUGCACUCUAUCACGAGCAAUAGACCAGUAAGGGUUUUGCUCAUGCGGGGCUCUGCAGAAGCAGAAGAGGAUUUACGGCCCGUAUUGGCGGUACACGGAUUCAUGAUGUUUCUAGCAUGGGGUAUCUUGCUCCCAGGUGGAAUUCUGGCAGCUAGAUACUUAAAACAUUUAAAGGGGGAUGGCUGGUUUCAGAUUCAUGUUUACUUGCAAUACUCAGGAUUAACAAUCGUUUUCCUCGGAUUUCUCUUUGCAGUGGCUGAACUUCGUGGCUUUGCCUUCAGUUCACUACACGUAAAGUUCGGACUACUCGCCAUAACCCUUGUUAUUGCACAACCGGUGAAUGCUUACUUUAGACCUAAAAAGCCCUCUCCGAGUGAAGAAGGAUCUUCGAAACGAGUUAUUUGGGAAUAUGUUCAUGUUGUCACGGGAAGAUGUGCUAUCAUUGUUGGUAUCGCUGCUCUUAUCAGUGGAAUGAAGCAUUUAGGAGAGAGGUAUGAUGAUGAGGAUGUUCGUGCCCUCGUUUGGGCGUUAAUUGUUUGGUUUGUUGCAGUAGGCUUGGUAGUGGUAUAUUUGGAGUACUGUCAGAAGAAAAGAAGAGGGAAUAGGGUGUACGGAAGAAGCAACUGGGUGAUGGGUAAUGAUGGCGAGGAAGAAGAUACAGAUCUAUUGAGUCCGAGCAGGGUUGCUGAGAAAGAGUUGCAAUCUUCUGGUAGAAUGGAAGUUCAGCUGGAACCCUUCAGCAGAUAGAGAGGGAGAGAGAUAGGCAUCACACGGAGAUUUGUUGUAUAUUUUUGCUCUCACCACCACCAAUAUUAGUUCCUUUGAAAAUGGCGCGACAUGCACACCUUUUUUUCUUCCAAAGGCUUAUCGGUUGUGCGGUUGUGUGUUAUUGCCAUAAGUACAUUGUGAUUUGUGAGCGCCCCCUAAAGAAGGAAGAAGAUUAAACAAACGGUUUUUACUUUGUAGGACAGAGUAUAUAUAUUGGACUUAUUUUCAUUUUAAGGUUAUAAUUAUAAUACAUUGAGCAAGACCUGCUCUUUCAAGUUCAGACACCC